AUGCGGACUCAUGCCGCCGAUCAACUGGACGGUGGUGAACCCUGCGGCGACAGUUCAGCGGGAAGUGCUGACCUUCAUAGACACGCGAAGACACGCACGGGUGAUAGACCCCACAACUGUCAGACUUGUGGGAAAUGUUUUUCUCGCCUUGGGUACCUUCGUCAACACAUUAGGACGCACACAGGUGAGAAACCGUACAAAUGCCAGACUUGCGGCAAAGGAUUUGCUCAGAGUACCGCACUCCACAAACACAUCAGGACACACAUUGGUGAGAAACCUUACGAAUGCCAGACUUGUGGCAAAAGUUUCACACAAAAACACACAGUCGGUGUGCACAUGAGGACUCACACUGGUGAGAGACCUUACAAAUGCCAGACUUGUGGGAAAGGUUUCUCUCAAAAUAGUCACCUCCGUGGGCACAUGAGGACACACACAGGUGAGAAGCCUUAUAAAUGCCACACUUGUGGCAAAUGUUUCUCUCAAACUACCCACCUAUCUUCCCACUUGAGGACACACACCGGCGAGAAACCCUACAAGUGCCAGACUUGUGGCAAAAGUUUCGCUCUCAGCACCACACUCAGUGUUCACAUGAGGACCCACACAGGUGAGAGACCUUACAAAUGCCAGGCGUGUGGCGAAAGAUUUUCUCAGACUAGCCAACUCCGUUACCACAUGAGGACACACACCGGUGAGAAACCCUACAAGUGCCAGACUUGUGGUAAAAGUUUCGUUCAGAGCACCACACUCAGUGUUCACAUGAGGACUCACACAGGUGUUAGACCUUACAAAUGCCAGGCGUGCGGCGAAAGAUUUUCUCAAAGUACCAUCCUGCUUUCACACAUGUGGAAUCACCUCAGCACACACGGUUAAGAAACCCUAGAACUGGCCAGACUUCUGGUAAAGGUUUCACUGACAGUCAUCAUCUCUAUAUGCACAUGAGGACUCGCACCGGUGAGAACCCCACAUUUUUUUAGACUUGUGGCACAUGUUUCUCCACGCCUUUUUUUCUCAAAAGACAUGAGGACACAACACUACUAUUAAACUCCACAUUUACUAGACUUUUGGCAAAGUUGUCCCUUAUUGUGCCUAUCUUUCCAGUCACAUGCCGAUAUGAAAUCUUUUGU